GUGAUCUCAGAGCACAUAUAGAUAUAUACAGUCAGUUGAUGCAUUUCAAACUCAGUUGAAGGAAGUUCAAGAGAAUACAACAUAACCACUGUGCUGUAGGAGACUGUAGGUACACUCUUUCGACAACCAUGUCCGAUUGCAAAGAUCUUGUUCCCAGUGACUCUACAUGGAGCCCAGAGUUCAUCCAGGAGCUUCUUCCAGCAGCUCAGCGUACAGCUCUUCUCUAUCAUCUCUCAUACCUCUGUCUGGGGAACUUCCCAAAACUGGAGCGAAUCCUCAGAGAGCGAGCUGUAGAAACCCAACUUCUCUUUGGAUCAUCUGAGGCUGUUCUGCUGAAGUGUGCAGGAACCAGUGAUAACCUUGUGAAUUCACUGCUCCCCAGUCUGAAGGUGGCAGUGGUGAAGAACAAACCACAAUUAGCUCUGAAAUUGAUUGAAAAAGCAAAACAAUGGAUCUGUGACAUCAUAAGUGAUGUUAAAGACAUUGUGAACAGGUACAAUCAACAUAACAAUGAUGUGGCCUCAACGACCAGUGACAUCAUCAAAGAAAAGAAGGAGACAGAGCAAAAGCAGCAGCAGUUAACCAUGGAGAUGAAGGUGAUUCAGGAUAUCGUGGAGGAUCUGGACAAAAAACUUCAAGGCAUCACUGAAGAGAUCGAAAAAUGUGAGAAAGAGAUUGAGAAGAAGAAUUCAGAGAUUCAGAAGUUUAUCGGCAGCAUCACCAGUCCCAAGGAAGAGAGCACGAUCAGCACACCUGCACUGACACCCGCCGCUGCGAUGAAUCCAGCUGUUGCCAUAUUUUCUAUGAUUGUGCCAUUUGUGGAAAGUAUUAUGGGUUACAUUUGCAAGAUGGUUACUAACACUUCUCAUGAAGCCAUGUUCAAAACUCUUGAUGGUGAACUGUCUCAACUGAGCCUUGAAAAACAACGUCUGAAAGAAAGAGAGUGGGACAUUCAAAAUAAACUGAUGGACAAACAGCUGAGCUUGGCCAAAUUAAAUAUCGAAAAUGGUCAAAUUCCGAGUGUUUCUCACCUCGAUGAGGUCCAGAGCUGCCUGUCCCGAAUUCAACAAAUUCUCAUCCAGCUUCAAAAGUUCUGGGAAAAGGUGGGCUCUCUGCUGGACCACCUGAAACAGAAGACCUUUGCUGGGGAGGACAUGAUUGAGUACCUUGACGAUCUGAAGGAGGAGUUUCUGGAGUCGAUUGACGCAGCUAAACAGGGCUGGGUAAAGUUUGGCUCCAGCUGUAUGAAAGCUGAGAGCAUCUUCAGCAUUGAGUCAAAUGAGGCCUACAAGUUCCUCGAGAUCAGUCCGUCCUCACUGUCAAAGGAAAAGUGGCAAGAAGAGUACGCCGGUGUGAUCAAGAAACUAGAGAAUAUAAGACCCACUGGUCCGUCUCAAACAGCCAUUAAGCAGUAAGACCUUCAUAGAUUCAUUGGCUGGAAAAAAAAUGAUAUUGGCCACGCUCCAUUUUAUUCAAAAAUGUCUUUUUUGCCAUACAGCCCCAGAAUUGGUCCACCACUUGGUUUUCAGAUAACUUAAUAUAAAAUAAUUUAAAAUGUGAAUAUUGAUAGUUGAAUAUAUUGAGCCAAUUAGAGCACUCCAGGAACUGCAGUGUUCUUCCACCACGAUCCAUAAGAUGAAAAUAUAUUAAAUAUAGUUAAAUUAAUGUAAUACAAAUUAUUAUUAAUACAUUAUUACAUUUUAUUACUGUCCAUUAAUAUUGUUAUAAGUGGUGUGUUUGUACAACUUAAAGAAAUUACCCAUUUGCAUGACAUUUUAAUCUUUCUACACAGUUAUAUUCUGUCACAGCCAUUUUACUAAUGCUUGAAAGGUAUUUCAUGUAAUGUACCCUUUUGCUUUUUGAGAC